AUGCUUAGUUCUCUUCCUUCGUCCCCUUUCUGUCUCUCGGCGUUCUUCAAUCGAAAGGUAAAGAGUUUGAAGAAGUAAGUCACAGAGAAAGAGAAGAUGUCUGAGAAAAAGGGAAGGAAAGAGGAAGUGAUUACCAGAGAGUACACCAUUAACCUCCACAGACGCCUUCACAAAUGCACCUUUAAGAAGAAGGCACCGAAAGCCAUCAAGGAAAUCAGGAAGUUCGCAGAGAAAGCUAUGGGGACUAAGGACGUUAGGGUAGACGUGAAAUUGAACAAGCAAAUCUGGAGCAAGGGAAUCAGAGGUCCACCAAGGAGGAUCAGGGUUCGUGUUGCACGUAAGAGAAACGACGAUGAAGAUGCGAAGGAAGAGUUCUUCUCCCUUGUCACUGUUGCUGAAAUCCCUGCAGAAGGACUCAGUGGUCUUGGCACAAAGGUCAUCGAAGAGGAGGAUUAAGAGAAUCAGUAGAACAAGUUUUGUUUGGUUUUUUACUUUUGUUGCUGUGUUUCAAUUAAAAGUCUUGACCUUUCACUUUCUUCAUUGUAGUGCAUCUUGAAUUUACUUAUGCAGUUUAUUGAAGAGACCCAUUUUCUUCUUCAUGAUUGACUCUUGUUUUGCUUUGGAAUUUUCUUUAUGCUUGUUAAUUGUCGAAUCUCACAUUUACACAAAGUAGAUCGUAGGAAUGAUCUGUGUAUAAAAUUAUGCUAGAUGUCGUCCAAAUUAUUUUUUAUUUUUUACUUUUUUUUGACAAA